UCGCGAGGUUCAUUGAACAAGUCGUGUUUUUCUGGUGUAUUGUGAACUGUGCGCAUGCGCUCAACACAAUCGCACUGAUUUCUUCUCUUCUCUGUUUAAAUUUCGUUAGUUUUUUUUUCGCCUCUUCGAUUGUUUAUUACUUUUGAUGAUGAUUUUUUGCGUUGUUUUUAUCUCAUACAUUUAGCUCGUGAUUGGAUUUUUGUUUUUAGUGGUCGCUGGAAAUUUGAGAAAAAAAACCAAGCGUUUGUUCCUUAAAAUCAAGACAUUUUUUUUUAUGUUAACUAUUCUUGUGUUUAAAAUCAAUGUGCAGUUGCAAAAAUCAACACACUUCUUUUGUUUUUUUCUAAAACAAUAACAUUUUCUAAAGACGAAAAAUCUCACUUUUUAAAAAACGCGGACAAAAAAAUUCAAAACCGAUUAAGAAAGAAAGUGAUAAAAGUGUGAGAGAGUGUCGCUAUUUAUUUAAAUCCAUCCAUUGAAUAUCAAUCAAGUCAAUUUAAAACGCCAAUAUAGGAAAAAAAACAUUGACAUCGGCAUUCAGUUUGACAAAAAAAAAACAAGAAAAAAAACCGCAUAAUAAUACAGUAAACAUUCGUAAAUCUCCCAAAUCAACACAUACGCGCUCUGUUUUGAUUAGAAAUGAUCAGUCGAUGUUACUAGCUUACACAUCGCAUACGUGAAUUUUAUAGUUAAAAAAAAUAAAUAUAUUUCCUUUAGUUCGUGCGAGUGACUGAAUUACUUAGCCAUACUGUCACCAUUGCAAUACAUUUCGGGAAUUGAUAUUAAUCAUAGCUCAACGGUGUUUUAAUAUCAAAAUCGAACGGGAUAUAAAGAAACGAGAAAGACAAUAAAAAUCAACGGCUUUUGCAGUGGCAACAGUACUAGGUUUGAGCGCAACUGGAGAAUACAGCGUUUACGUGUGGAGAAAAAACUCGUCAGCUAAUUUGCGCCAACAAUUUUGAAAAGUGGCUCCUUCAGCCAAAAUAAAAUAUAUAAAAAACGAAACGUAACGUAGGAGAGAAACGAUUUUGACUAUAUAAGCCACUUCAGUACGAGUUCAUAUCAAAAGCCAACCAAACAGACCAGUAACAACUCGUUAUUGAAUAAAAUGUAAAGUGGUUACGAAUUGAAUUGAACUCUGAAUACACACACAGUCACAAAACAAAAUGAAAAACACGAUGCCGGUAUAUAUGAUUCCAUGAAGAGAUUGCGAUUUUUUCGAGGACCAUAAUCAACGUUAUAUAUUGAAUCAACGAAAUUUAUUCACCGCGAAAAUUCAACCGGCAUAAAAAAAGACGAUUUCCAAGAACAUAAUAGUUUAGUGCAGACAGUGUUGUUUUGCCGACGAAGCCAAAUACAACUCAAGGAAAACAAGGAUAGAUAGUAAAUGAUUGAAGCUAAUACAUAUGCAAACAACAAAAACAAAAAAAAAACUUGCACAAAUAUUGGCAGUUGAAUAAUUGUGUUUGGUUCGCAUUUGUGAGAAAGCUUUUGAGCUUGAUCAUUGUUUGUCUUAAUUUAUUGAUAAGUGUAUGUAGUGUAUAGAUACACAAUUAAACAGGAUGAAAUCGACAAGCGUUCAUUUCUCGCUAGCUUUAGUAUUAGCACUAGGAAGUGCGUGUUGUUGUACAGCAGCCGAGCACGCAACACAAGCGCCAUCCAAUUUAGUCACGCAAACGGUUUACGGAUUUUUAGAUUUUACGACGACCAUUGGUAAUACGGUAAUGGUAUUUUCACCACAAAGUGCUCCACCACCAGAACCACCAAAAUCGACAACCACCACAAAUGCUCCACCGAAAACAAUACAGCCGGUGAUUGAGACAAAACCGGUGAUAGAAACGACAUCAAAGCCGGAAAUUAAACCUACAAAACCAGUGGCCAAGUCAACGAAGCAAUUGUCUAGUGUUGUUCGUGUCGUCGCAGCAAAUCCGGUGAUCACACCACAAAAUGCACCAGUUAAACCAGCAACAUCAAAAGUGCAAAUUGUGUCCAGUCACGUUGAAGUGAUUGAUGAUGAGAACAGCAAAAAAUUACCACCAUUAUCACCACCAAAAUCGGUUGUACAUGUUGAAGCCAUUGAUGCUGGUGGCAAUGGAGCCAAUUCACGUGAAUAUUCAACGAUUUUGCCGAGUCGCGUUGAAGUCGUUGGCGGUGUCUCGCCAUCCGAAUCGAGCAUCGUUGAGAUUCAUACCAGCGAAGAUUUGGAUCAGCUGACACCAGUCGAGAAUAACAUCAACGAUCCGGAAUAUGAAUUUUUAUCGAGAGAACCAAGUGAACUUACCGAAGAAACAUAUCGGUUGCCCGCCAAUAAUAAAAUUCCAAAUUCAAAAUACAAUCUUAAAUCACGUACCAUUCAAGAUCAUAAUAAUGGUAAUAAUAAAAAAGUGCAUCCAUCGCAGGUAGUAGCAGCACAGCCACGUAGUGAUGAUAUUCAUCCAACCGGUUUGGUUACGAAAUUAGGUGGCACGGUUGUCAGAGAUGGUGUUACAACUGUGCAUGAAACAAGCGUUCUUGGUACAUAUAUAUCCGGUAAAUAUGCACAAGUUUUGCAAAGCACAUCUCACAUUUACAAUGGUAAUGGUAAUAAGGCAAAAAUUGCACCAACACAUUCGUUGCGUGUAUUAAAAACGGCCGCACCGCAUAUUCCCAAGAAAACGCAUGUGGUUGAAUCGACAUCGGCUGCAAAGCAACACCAACAACAAUCGGCUUCCGUUGAAAGCGAGGAAGUUGAUGAAAUUUAUGGCAGCUCAGCGAAACAAAAUCUCGUACGGAAUUCAAGACGUCCGGCCGUUUCGUCAAACACUUUUAAAAAUCGUUUCCGUAGCAAUCGACCAUCGUCAUCGUCGUCCGCACAAAAAGAUGAUGUCGAAUAUAGCGAUGGAUCAGCAUCAGUUGAAGUUACAACAGCCGCCGCUGUCACGGCAUCGUAUAAGAAAAAUCGCACCAUAAAUAAAUCACAAAAAAGCGGUCGCUUCAAUCGACCAGCAUCCGGAAGUGUUGAAGUAACAACGGUGUCGGCUGUAUUAAGCGAACCAACGUCGACUGCAUACGUAAAUCGUCGGAAUAAAGCUAACCGCUUUAAGCCACAAAAUGCGCCGCUAAAAGAAACAAGCGUACAACAACACCCGCAACAGCAACAGCAACAGCAACAGCAACAGCAAAAUUCAAACAAUGACGGAAUCUACACCCGACGUUUCAAGCCAAAAAUUCAACCGGCUGCAGUCGAACAACAAGAUCAAACAACAUCCAGUUUUUAUAAGUUUAAAUUAAAUCGUCAACCAGGUCGUUGGCAAUAUAAAACUACACCAAAACCGCGAGUCACAAUCAGAAAGCAGAAUUCAGAAGAUUUACAACCGCAUGUUGAGUCCAUGACACCAACAAUACAUGAAUCGUCUGCAUAUCAUGGUGAACAAAAUGACGAAAGCAGCCAUCACGAAUCGGGAGAUGUAGAAGAACGAGUUGUUGUGUCCGAAUCACAGUCUGGCACCGAAACCGAUCUUGAUUCAUCUGGUUCGGUUAAUGGUGAUGUAUUGGACGAUAGUGAAACAUUGGACAAUGCAAUUGUUAGCAAAAAAUUGCCCAUUGAAACAUUAAAAGUGGAAAUUUCAACGCCAGCCGAUUUUAAGGAUACCUACUAUGAAAUUGCAACCAUCAAAUCACCAUACACCUAUCAAGUUGGAUCUGUGCGAAAUACACGAUAUGUCACGGUAACAUCAACAUUUGAAAAAACAUUAGAUCCCGAACCAAGUGUCACAUCAUCAAUUAGCGGUCCAUUAACGGAAAAUAUUCUGGCUACAACCGCACACUAUGAUCGUGAUAAUAAUUUAUUGGAUUCAAGCAUUGCUACAUUGCCGCCGCUCAUUUUAGCAUCUGACAUUGAAACACCGCCACUUGAAACUCUAACCGAAACAUUUAGCACAACACAAACAAUGUUAAAGACACACAUAUUACCGGUACUGCAUCAAGGUGGUGGCAAUGCAACUAGCUACACACUCACACAAACUUAUUUGGUAACGCGUCUAGUGACGGCCACAAAAACGCUACCACCAAUGGAUGCUUAUCAUUUUAAUCCAACAAAAGCACUAAAGGAAUUCAAUAGUAAAUUAGAUGAGGCCGGAUCCGAAUUGAAUUUGGAAUUGGAUUUCGGUGAUGAUAAUGAGCACGACGACGAAGACAUUGUACGACAUGAAUUGCCCGACGAUUUGGAUUUGGCCAAUAUUGGUUCAUCAUUUGAUUUAUCCGAAGUGGAUAAAUCAAACAUUCCAGAAGGUCAUUUGAGACCAAAGAAGAAAAUUUCAACAAAAAUACCAAACGAACAAUCAAUCACGCCAUCGCUUGAAAAAUACCAACAACAUCAAACAUCGUCGGCAUUGAUUGAUCCCGUAAUGCAAAGUUUGAGUGCCGAGCAAUUGGCAUUGUUGCGGAUAUUGAAUCCAGCUGCAGCCGCCCAAUUUCCAAGCAUAAUAACCACAUCAAAGCCAAUCGUUAAACUUGAAACCCUGUAUGAAUCGCAUACGAUUCCAAUAUUCAAUGGUGUAUCAACAACAUUUAGCACAAUAUCACGACCUGUUGCAACUGUAAGCAAAACAGAAUAUGAGAUUGGUACAUCGGUGUUGCCUCAGUUACCUCAGUUGCCAAUACCGCCACCAAUCAAUCCAAUAUUUCAGCAACCACAACAAUUCCAAAUUACAACAGCUCCAAUCGUAACACAAACUAUGGUCACCGAAACACGAAGCAAAAUCUUGAAAUUAACAUUUGGCGCAAAAACAGCAUAUACGACACUUUUUUCAACGAACGUUGUACCAACCAUAUUAACCACUUACGUAACACAAUCUUUACCAAUCGUACAACCAACAGCUGCAUUCCCCGGAUACUUUCCAGCUCCAUACGCACAAUUUCCAUUCGUCGGUUAAUCACAUUCAAUUUAUGUAGUCAGCAAAAGAGUGAACGAAUCAAUAGAUUCGCAAAUAAGGAAGAAUGCAGGAGAUGAAUAGAGAGAGAGAGAGAGAGAAAUAGAUUUGCUAAAUAAUACAAAUUUACAAUGUUCGUGUUAGCCAAAUUUAUUUUCAAUCAACACAUUCCAAUUUUACUAUAUUUUGUAAUUACAUUUGCUAUGUGGCCGAAAUCUGUCAUAAUCUGAUACGAAUUUUACCUUGUAUUUCGUUAAACAAACAUUCGACACCCAUGACCGAAAUAUUGUUAGUUUGGUCAGAAAAAGUGAUUGGGGUGUAAUUGUAAAAGUCUAUUAAUGUAGGAGUAAACCGCUACAAACAACCCAUCACCAUUCAAUUUUAAAUUCUAAUCAUUUUAAUUUGCAUUUUUUUUUAAUAUUUGACAUUUAAUUGUUUUCCGAGACACCAAUUGGGUGAAAAGUCUCACACAUUCGCCAACUUCAUUCACUCAAAAAAUUCUUAAAAUCCAACUUUAUUUAUUUUUGUGUCCUACCUAUUUCGUUCCCUCUCUCUUUCUUAAUACAGUGCACGAAUUUCGUGCAUCAAAAUUUGAAUUCCUAUUUGAAUAGUAAUUUGUCACUGAAUAAAUUUAUCAUUUUACCCUCCAACAUUUUAUUGCAUAGCGUCAGGCGCUUUAUGGAUAUAGACAUAGCUAAAGCCGAUGGCAUAAAUAUGAGUCGUGGUUUUUAGCAUUGAAUCGCGAGUAAAUGUUAUGUUAUAAUACAUUUUGUUCUUUCUGUUUUUUUUUUUUUCGUUUCAUUUCAUUCCAUUUCGCAAUUUUUUUUUUUAGAUAGUAUAAGUGUAAAUAAAAUAGAUUUUCAUGGGUGCUUUUCGGUGCUACUUCUAUUACUUCAUUUUAAUUCCUUCUCUUCACAUAUAUUCUUGUGAGUUCAAGCAUUUGUUUUGUACACAAUAUCUGGAGAGUAAUAGAAAUGUUAAGCGAAAAAUGCUGGAAAAACAAUUUCAUACAUUAAUAUUGUGACAGUGGAAUGCUCACAAAUGGGAAGAGAAAUCAAAUUAUUCGAAAAACUUUUUUUUUGAUGUUGUUGCGCCAAACAACAACAAGAAGGGGAAAAAACUAAAUUGACAACGAAAUAUCUACGUUGAAAGUUGCUGCCGAUUUCAAUUCCAACAUAUAAAAUAAUACAUAAAGAUUUACUCGAUUGUCUUAAUAUGUUUCGUUGCGUGUGUCGACAAUGAAUCGAGAUAAAGAAGAGAGAUGUUUUCAUGUCAUUUCAAGCAUUUUCUUUUUGUCACUACAAUGAAAUACACAAUCACUCGGCGAUAUUCUGUUUAUUCGGUAAAGUAAAUUUGCACGUUUGUUUUUCACAAUGAAUCGUACAUAUCAAAAUUGUAUCGCUUCAGAUUUUCUACAUGUUGCUGAGAUGCUAUUCUUGCUCGUUUUUUUUUACACGAGUGUCUCUUGUUCCAUUUGUUUUCUCCUUACUCACAUCGCUCACACUAUUCAAUCGUAAUAUUUUCCAUUCCUAUUGACAACACACAAACUCACACUCACACACUUACACAUGUACGUGGCAAAGUGAAAUUCAAUGAGCUGAAAACAAUUUAGCAUCCGCACAUUGUUGUGCAUUGCGCUCGCGAUUGCUUGCCGGAGCAUUCCUUCAGAUCCCGAACGAAAACGACAAGACAAAAAGAAUGAUGUGCCACAUAUAUAGUGUACAAACAACAGCGAUGAAUUUUGAUUUAAUAUUAUCGUUCCUAUUAUGUCAAACGAUUGAGUUCGCAGUCACUGUCAUUUUAUGAAGCAUAAUAAUCAUAUUCAUCGUGAAAUAUAUAUUGUAUACAUAAAUCGCAUGGCGUACUCUUAAAAAAACUCAUUGUAUUGCUCAUACACGUUUAUUUGAUGAGCGCUCGUUCGUUUUUUUUUUUCAAUUUUACCAAAGUGCUGAUAUUCAUUUCAUCUGAACUGAAGACCUUAUAUCGGAGCUGGGACUUUGAUGAACAAAUAUUCUGGAGAAAACAAGGGAAAAAUCAAUUAAAUAAUGGAAGCAUUAAAAGUUAACAUUUUUCGAUCGUUUCCACUUGCUGAACUGGCGAAAUCGAUUUCAUACACUUUCCUAUGUAUGCAUACCACCCAGUGACUCGACUUCUCUGAAUACGUAUUAUGGAAAAGUGGAUUCACAAUCAUUAUUACCAACCUCAUCACUUUUAACAUCGGUCCCCUUUUGCACUCGUGUGUUUAAACAAACGCCAUUAUUUUUAUGAUGUGCUUCCCGAGGCAAAAGAAAACAGAGCAAUGAAGACCCCAGAAUGGCAAAGUAUUUUUUUCUUCUUCUUCUCACAAUGAUGGAAAAUAGCGGCAGUGUGAAAUAGAUUUAUAUUACAAAUACGUCGAACGCGUCGAAGAAUCAUAGAACGAAUCGAAGACGUUAUAAAACGAGCAAUUUAAAUGUGACAAAAACAGCAGUGAACAUUUUUCAGUGUAAAAGACACACAAUAUAUACAUAAAGCGACGAAGAAACAAACAAUCGACGGUGAGAGGAAAAGUUAGAAUGUAUCCAAUUGUUUAAAACGUUUUCUUUUUAUUUUGAAUCAUUUUCCUGUCAACACACAUUUUUGGAUGAUGAUUUUCAUGUCAUAUCCCUUUUUUCAACAUAUGCAAACAUAGUUUGUCCCUUUAUCUCUUCACAGUUUGAUCAAAUCAAAUGAUUACCAUUAUCAUUUAUUUUUUAUUUAGCAUUAAUUUAAAAUGUAUAGACCAUAAGUAUUGGUAUUUUUAAAUUAUUCCAGUGUGUUUUAUUACACGCAUCCAUCCAAUAUAUUGAACGGGGCUGAAAAAAAAUUGUGCAGCGUCAACAUAUAACCAGCCAUUUAUUUCCAGCCAAUGCUUAAAUCAAUUUAGAUUAAGCGCAACAAUGCAUAUUGGUGUUAAAAUGUACUGGCCCAACACGUUCAUGCUGCACACAGUGAGAGAGAAUGGGCGGGGGCAAUGGAACGAAGAAAGGGGGAAAGAAUGAUGGAGAAUAUGGAAAAUAGAGAAUGAAGUGAUACCACGCUUGAAUUGAACGGAAAUAGAAAAUUUGUUAAUAGAAAAUUGAACCAUCACAGCGGAAAAUACGUGAUGAAUUCUUGUUAGUGCCUGCAAAUAAUUUCUGCUAGAUAAUCUCUAUUCAACAAAAUCGGCUUUCUAACACAUACACACACAAUCACUAGCGUAUGGCAAUUGCAUUUUACUUCCUUCUUCUUUCUCAUUCUUGAUGUUUCUGCUUCUUCUUUUUCUUUCGUUGUUUCUCUUCACGUGUAGAAAGUCACGCAUUCUCUCUAUCUAUCUCAAAUUGGUUGAAAAACAUAUUCUCAAUCUCAAUCCCUCUUUCACCCCGUACGUGUACACAUUCCAAAAUCGAUUCGAAUAAUGCCUACUUUAGCCUAUGCAAUAAAUACGGUUUGCAUAAACAGCGACACACAAUAGAAUAAACUAAAUAGCCGUUUAGUUCAACUACAUAUGUAAGGAAAUAGAUUGAAAGAGUAAAAAAAAACAGCAAAUAAAUUUACGUAAAAUUAUUCCAUAGACGCCGGUGUCAUUAAUCAUUUUUUUAUUAUUCCAAUUUAGUUGUGUGUAUGUGCGUGCGUUUUUUUAUAUGAAUGCAUAUACUUUAUUUUGCGUCAGUUUUUAUUAUUGGUCGGGCGUCUUCCAAUGCGUAAAAAAAAGUAUUCGAUUUCGAGUGUGUAAUGAAUGACGAGCCAGAGAAAGAGAAAAUAUUCGAGGCUAUAAACUAUGAACGAGAAAUGGCACAGCACAAAUCGACACGAAACAAAAGAAAAAUUGAGAAUACAAACAUAAAAUCAACGGCUGCACUGUGUGUCGUGCUGGUUUUCCCUCUUUCUGUGUAUUAAAAGUUAUUCGAAUUGUAAAAUUUCUUAAAAUCCCAUAAUACCGCAUACACAUUUUACACUCUUUCCGACCUGUCAAGUACACAAAUUUAUAGCCCAAUUCGUCUGAAUUCCACCGAAAUCGAAUUUCAGUUGAGAACGAAAAAAAAAAUUACGAAGCUUAAAAAACACCGAAAUCUACAGCAGAUAUACACACGCACACAAAUACAAACGCAUAUACUGACGCAUAAUAUAUGCGGAAAUGAAGCUCUAAAUUAAGUUUUGUACAUUUUAGAUAAUAACUUAACUAAAUUGUGUCCUUUUUUAUACGAAAUAAUAAAUAAAAUUUAAGCAUAAAACCAA